AUAUAUGACAUAUACAAGAUUUUAGUGUUUAGGUUUACAUGUUUACAUUUUUCUUUAAGAAGUUGAUGUUAAGGUGAAGGUGGAGAAGUGAACAAAAAUAUUAAAAUGUAAGUGCUACGAAGUAUAUACAGUAGACUCCCUCUAUAACGAGAACUGAAAUGGUGGACUAAAUACCUCGUUAUAAGCGGAUCUGGUUAUAUCAUACAACAAUAAUAUUGUGCAUACAUACAUAUGAAUAUAUUAUAGUUUUUUAAAACAUUAACUUCCUAUAGUGAAGCCAUUUGAAGCAAUAUAAAAUGCUAAAUAUUGUUUCCUCAACAAUAAGACUUCGCCAUCAUAAAUUGUAAAUUUCCUACAAUAUUCAAUAUCGGUCGAUUAAGAAGUUUAUUAAAGGCGGUGAAGUUUAUUACAGCACUGGCCUCGAUAACCACACAGAUGUUGGGGAUUUCUGUAUACAGGCAGUUGGGGUAUUUAUUUAAAGCCAUUACUGCGCUAAAAACAGGACGUUAAAAUUAUUUUUGUUACUUCACAUGGUUGGAAUCAUCACAGCCAAUGAAGGACCCAUACCAGGUUGCGAAGAGGACAGUCUGGAUGCUUAUUCCAAGUUUUCUACUCCUGGGAAAGAUGUAGUUUGCAUAAAUAUUACACUAGAAGGCAACACCUCUCUUACUUCUGAAUAUAAAAGUUGGUCUAUACGAACGGUUCAGCUGAUCUCAACAAAAGGUGCCUUAUCAAGCAAGACACUAGAAGGAUACUCACUAGUAGCAAACGUAUUAAUAUAUAAAAGUAAUAUUAGUGAGUUUUCAUUAACAAUGCAUUUUCUCCAAUCCUUAUUAGUAAUGGAAAGUAUUUUUCCAAAUGUAACCAGAGAAAACUUUAGCAGCAUGUACUUUUUGUUUUCGUUAGCAUUUCAUUCAAAUCUAGGUGUAACUUUCGAAGAAAAUUGUUUUCAUGAUCUUGUGUUUCUAAAAAAUCUUACUAUUUUUAACCAAACUUUUACGAAAAUUACACCAAACACUUUUAAGCAUCUUAAGGAGCUACAAACUUUGGUACUCAAUGCUAACGGUUUGCGGCAUAUCCAUAAAAAUUCCUUUCUAAAUUUAGAAAUGUUGAGAGAAUUAAAUCUGGAAAACAAUCCUAUUGAAUAUUUUAAAAUUAAUGUUUCUGGAUUGACUAGGCUGGAAAAAUUGUAUCUCAUAAACACAAAUAUAACGAAUUUCAAUAUUCCUUUCUUUUACCCUCUAAGACAUAUGAAUACUUUAGGUCUCCCUAGUUCGUGUUGGUUAACUUUAAAGUUACCCGAAUUGGCUAUUGGUUUUCCUAAUUUAAGAACUGUUCUUAUAAACGAACUAGAUAAAAAUACUGCGAAUUUGACAGAAGAAAUCGACAUGAUGGAAUAUGCCCAGCUUGUUGUUAAGAGAGUAAAAAAAGUCGAUCCGAUUGAUACAUCUAUUUUGAUAGAAUACAUACACAUAUUUUUCCAUUGAAUCAUGAUUUUUGCUCAAAAGUUUAUAGAACCGCUUGGAUUGACAUGAAAUUUGCCACACGCAUGGCUGACAUGCUAAGGAAAAAAAAAGUGAUCUUGUGACGAUGUGUGCUUUUGCCCAGGAGGUGUUCCACCCCUUCUCGGCGGUGAAAAAAUUACGUUCAAAGUAAGUCUUGAAACGGAUAAACUGAAUUAUUCUAGGCAACUUUUUUUCUAUAGAGGUUUUUCACUAAGUCAAUACUUUUCGAGUUAUUUGCGAGUGAAUGUGUUCAUUUUUCAACAACAAAAAAACACGUUUUUAAACGGCGUUUCGCUAAUGCGGUAUUUUAUCAAAAAAAAACUUCUUAUCAAAAAUAUAGCAUCUAAAAAAGUGAAAAAAAUGGUGUAAAUAUGUAUGAGGUCCCUAAAUGCAGUAGAGGCAGAGUUGUAGCUGAUGAAAAAUAGAUUCAUAUUCGUCAAUUUCCGAAUCGAAUAUUUCAAUGUAAAGUAACCAAAACAUGAAGCACUUUUUGGUGAAAACUCAUUUAAAGUUUUAUUUUUAUUUUUAAAAGAAGUCUUAUUUUCAUCCUUUAAAAGAGUUUCUAGCAUCAAAAGUAAACAAGUUAAGUUCAAAAUAAACUUGGUCCAUUUUUUGAUAAAAAAUUGGAAAAUCACCCCCUAAUUAGCAUCUCAAAUAAAAUUAACCGUUAUCGCUUCACACAAGUUGCUUUACUUAUGUUUUAUUUAUAUGGCCUGUAAGUUUAAAUUGGGUUAAAAUUUGGGUUUAAAAUAAUUUUUUUUAAUUUUGAAAAGAAUCCUUUUUAUUCAAAAUUAUUUAAAAAUUAUGGUGUUAACAAAAAUCCCAAAGAGUAAAAAAAUGUAGGUUUUACUUUUCUAAAUAUUUUGAAUUUUUUAAAACAAAAAUUAGGUAAGAUAUGGCUGUUCAAAAUUUGCAUACACUUGUGAUUAGUGACUCAUUCAGGCCCUUUGAACUACAGCCCUUUCAAAAAUAAACACUUUGAACCGAUGAAACUUACAGAUAUAAACAAUACAUAUACGAGCAAAGCAACUUGUGGAGCGGUAACGAUUAAUUUCAUAUGAGGUGCUAAUUUGGGGUGAUUCUCAAGGUUUUUUUUACCAAAAAAGGGACCAACUUUAUUUUGAGCAUAAAUUGCUUACUUUUGAUGCUAGAAACAAAAAAAACAGAAAUAAAGCUUUUUUUUUAAGUUUUAAUGAGUUUUUCCUAGAAAGUGCUUUAUUUUUUUAUUAUUUCACUUUGAAAUAUUCGAUUUGGAAUUUGACGAAUAUGAACCUAUUUUUCAUUAGCUAGAACUCUGCUUCUACUAGGUCUAGAAACCUCAUAAAAUUCAUACAUACUACAUACACCAUCUUUUAAAUCUUUAUGUAAUCUAUAUUUUUGCUAAGUUUAUUUUUUUCAAUAUAAACUUGGUGAAAAACCGCUAUAGAACAAAAGUUGUUUAGAACUAGUAGGUUUAUCCAUUUCCGGACUUAUUUUGAACGUAUAUUUUUCACCCCCGAGAAGGGGUGAUACUCGCCCCCAGUGCAAAACAUCGGCACAAUAUCACUUUUUUUCUUUGACAUGUUAGGUAUGUGUAUGCCAAAUUUCAUGUCAAUCCAAGCGUUUCUUUAAAAUUUAGAAGUUUUAUGUUUUACUGCAAACAAAUAAUACUAUUAUUAUAAGAUGUACAUAUUUAUAUACUUAAACUGUAAUGGUAUAGAUAAGAAUAUUUAAUAUACAUUUACCUAAUUUAUGUGCUAAUUUGGCUCCUUUCAUUACAAUCUCAUCGAUUUUCUAAAUUAUCAGCUAUUAUGACGGUAUCAUCAGCAUAUUUAUGUAACAUUGUUAAUUAAAAAUCAAUUUACUUUUAUUCCUCGUAUUUCUGGUAAGGAUUAGUGCAAAUUUUAGGUGCUUUCUGCCAUAGUUUUUAAGAAAUAGACUAGUUCUUGAACAUACAGUUCUUAAUUUUUUUGUUUGAUGUGCAUUUAUACUAUAUUAGAGACAACUUUUUUGGUUUUAGAUAUUCUAAGAACCAAUUCAUUUGUACUGAAACCAGACGAUUAUCAACUAUGCGAGGCCACUGCUUGAUGGUAAACCUUUCAAGAAAGUUUGAAUCGUGUGGGGGGCUGUGUAACGUUUUCUUUUUCUCAGUAUAGAAUUGAAUCCAAUUGAAAAGUUAAAUCCUAUAUCUAAUUUUUAGCCAAGCAUAUAUGGAAAUUACACAAAACACUUUUAACCCUUUCAGCCCCGCUUUAAUAUUUCCAUCCUCAGCUCCUAUGCCGACAGAAAUAAUUUUGUUUGAAUACUUACGUGUUUAGGCGAUAUAUGGAUAGUGUAAGCUCGUCGUGAAACACCCUGCUUAAAGUUCUGUAUAUGUGCGCAAAAUUACCCACUGGCUGCAUACAAUCGUGCGCAAAUACAUCUUAUUAAAAAAACAUCAUACUAUGUUUAUUUUUUUAUGCUAUUAUUUUUCAAACGUAAAAUAGAAGGUAUAUUUUUUAGUGCAAUAUAUUAUUAAUAUUAUAAUAUCUA